AUGGCUAAGCUGCUACUAGAACUUAUGUGCUUCUUUAUUACCUUCUCAGCCCUCACCUCACUGCCACAACCAGACACAUACAUUGUUCAUAUGAACUUGUCAGCUAUGCCAAAGGUUUUCAUGCACCAAUUUGGAUGGUACUCUGCCACACUUUCUUCAAUAUCACACGGCAUUAAAUUAAAUACUACCACUUCCACCACAAUGAGCAUUCCUUCAAAGCAUAUAUAUACUUACACUAAUGUAAUCCAUGGUUUUUGUGCAAGUCUCUCUCCAUUAGAGUUCACAAUCCUUCAAAAUUCCCCUGGCUAUCUAUCUUCCAUAUGAGAUGUGCCUGUCAUAGCACACACAACCCACACAUCGCGAUUUCUUGGCCUAAGCUUGACCACUGGGGCAUGGCCAAGUUCUAAUUUUGGGAAAGAUGUAAUUAUUGGUUUGGUAGACUCUGGAAUAUGGCCAGAGAGCGAAAGUUUUAGUGAUGUUGGAAUGGGCGAAGUUCCAGCUAGAUGGAAAGGAAGAUGUGUGGAGGGUACCGGCUUUAAUUAUUCAAUGUGCAACAAGAAGCUUAUCGGAGCUCGAUUUUUCAACAAGGGUUUGCUUAGUAAUAAACCCAAUGUCACUGUCUUAAUGAAUUCAACUCGGGAUACUGAUGGACAUGGAACUCAUACGUCGUCAACUGCAGCGGGAAAUUAUGUUAAGGGUGCAUCUUUCUUUGGUUAUGCCAAGGGAACUGCACGGGGAAUGGCGCCGCGGUCUCAUUUAGCAAUGUACAAGGUGUUAUGGGAUGCUGGUGCCUAUGCAUCAGAUGUUAUUGCAGCAAUUGACCAAGCAAUCGUUGAUGGUGUUGAUGUCAUUUCGUUAUCAUUUGGCUUAGAUGGAGUUCCAUUGUAUGAGGAUCCUGUUGCCAUGGCCUCAUUUGCUGCCACGGAGAAAGGUAUAUUUGUGGGAUCAUCAGCUGGAAAUGAAGGGCCUUGGUUUGGUACUGUGCACAAUGGCAUUCCAUGGAUAUUAAAUGUUGCUGCUGGUACAAUAGAUCGUAAUUUUAAUGGGAUUAUUACUCUUGGAAAUGGAGUUUCACUAUUGGGAUCUUCUCUUUACAUUGUAAAUUCAUCUCAAAGCCGCCUACCACUUGUUUUCAUGGAUGCAUGCGAUAAUUUAGACAAGCUAAAACAAGUUGGGGACAAAGUCAUUGUUUGUGAAGAUAAGAAAGAAUUUGUAGGCAUUCAAGUUAAGAAUGCUGCUGCGUCAAGAGUGGCAGGAGGAGUCUUCAUAUCUAACAGUUCCUACUUGGAAUUUUUCGUUGAAACCUCCUUUCCAGCAUUAUUUCUUCUCCUCCAAGAGGGUCAAGCAGUCCUUGGUUACAUAAAAAAAACCUCUAACCCAACAGCUAGUAUGCAAUUUAUAUUGACUCAAGUGGGUGGAAAACCAGCACCCAAGGUCGCUGCUUACAGUUCUAGAGGACCAUCUUCAAGUUGUCCUAGCAUCUUAAAGCCUGACAUUAUGGCUCCUGGCUCUUUGGUUUUAGCAUCAUGGACUCAAACAAGUCCUGUAACUGAUUUUGGAGCAAAUGAUUUUUUCGGUGAAUUCAAUAUCAUAACCGGAACAUCCAUGGCUUGUCCUCACGCAGCUGGAGUUGCAGCCAUUUUAAAGGGUGCACACCCCAAAUGGAGUCCUGCAGCCAUUCGAUCUGCAAUGAUCACCACAGCUGAUCCAUUUGACAACACACUUAGCGCUAUUAAAGAUCUUGGAUAUCAUGACAAACCAGUAAGUCCUUUGGCCAUGGGUGCUGGUCAUAUAAAUCCCAACAAAGCAUUAGACCCUGGACUCAUUUAUGAUGCAACUGCAGAAGAUUAUGUAAAGCUCCUAUGUGGGAUGAACUACACUGCAGAGCAAAUUCAGAUGAUUACAAAAUCAUCUUCUUAUAAAUGUUCAAAUCCAUCAAGCUUGGAUUUGAAUUACCCUUCUUUUAUUGCCUUCUUCAAUGCAACCGAUGCAUCUUCGGGGAAAAAACUUGUGCAUAAUUUUCAGAGAACAGUGACUAAUGUGGGAGAUGGAAAGGCACAUUAUACAGCUAAGGUGGCACCAAUGACAGGUUUCAAGGUGAAUGUUGUGCCAAACAGGUUGAUUUUUAAACACAAGUAUGAGAAGAGAAGCUACAAACUCAGUAUAGAGGGGCCAAAAUUAAUGAAAGAAUUAAUAGUUCAUGGUUCUCUUAGUUGGGUAGAUGCUGAAGGCAGGCAUGUGGUGAGAAGUCCAGUUGUAGUAACCAGAGUUAAACCAUAA